AGCCGGGAGGAUGAGCCUGGGAAAGCAAAGUUGAGGACCGUUGAGGAGGAGUUGUGCGGACUCAGAAGAACCACCGGGUAAUGAUGACCCAUUUCUUUUUUGUGAAGCAUUUGAAGACAAUACCAACCAGGCGAGCUUUUAAAGUCUUGGAUUGGCAUAUCGUACUGGGCGACUCAAACAGUACAAAAUCCCAAUCCCAACGCGACCAUAAAAAUGCCACCCAAGUUCGAUGGACUCCGAAGUGCGGCUCUAGUACACUCUAGUUUUGACAUACGAACGUUUGGGUAAAGAGAACCUAAUCUUAUUAAAUGGAGUAGUCAAUGAAGCCAAGAGUGCUUUUCCCAACCAUUAUUGUAAUUGACGCCUCAAAUAUGACAUCCAUCUCAUUUUUUUGCAUGUUGCAAGUAGUAGGUGAAUUGCGACUAGGAUAGGGGGAAAAGCUCAUCUAAUGCAUCGAGUCCAUGCUCGGAAAUAAAUGACACGAUUAAAUAAACAUCUUGCAAUAUUUUAUCACAAAUUUGAAUGAUCAAACGUGAAGGCUGAGAUUUGAGGUGUACUGUGCGUAAUGAACGUUAAUAAACAAAUCAGGGCGAGUCUUUUAACGUAAACUCGAAGACAAUGACAUAAAUGCAAAGGGUGCGGCGAUCAUGACACCUGAAAGCCACCCAGUAUAAAAGAAGCGUGUCAUCUUAGUGCAUUUAUCAUUGUCCCGCCUUGAUGCGACGAGUUGAGAGGUCUCCUGAAUCCUCAUUUACAUCAUGUCUGUGCUCACUUUUGUGGUUAUUGGACUUCUCCUCUAUUGGUCCUUAAAGAAAUUCAUGAAACCGCGGAACUUUCCUCCUGGUCCACCUUCGAUUCCAAUUCUGGGAAGUCUUCCAUUUAUGCCCAAAGAAGCAAUGGCUACUGGCAUUCUGUGGCAGCAUUUUAAGAGCAGAUAUGGAAAAGUGAUGGGAAUGAUGAUUGGGGAUCAGCCCGUCAUUGGCAUCUAUGACUUUGAUUUGAUAAAGGAAGCCUACUCCAAAGAAGAGUUUUCUGCUCGACCCAAUUCGGAACUUCACGACUUUCGAAUGCUUGGGAAAAAGCGAGGGAUAGUCAUGAAUGACGGCUAUGGAUGGAAAGUUCAUCGCAGAUUCACGUUGAAGACGCUGAAAGAUUUUGGCUUUGGAAAUGCUUCCGUCGAGGAUGGCAUUUUGGAAGAGGCUAAUCAUAUCUGCGACCAUAUCGCCAAAAAGAACGGCUCUCCAUUCAAAGCUGAGGAUGUUUUCAAUGUGGGAAUUCUUAAUAUCAUGUGGAAGAUCUUGACACACAAAAGGUUUGAUCUGGAGGAUCCUCGAUUAGCAAAUUGUGUUCGCGCAAUCAACGGACAGUUUUCUUCCGAUCGAGUGAGAAUUGUCUUAGCCAUGCCGUGGACCAGACAUUUUUUCCCCGAGAUGAGUGGAUGGAAUGAUUGGAAAAAAUUUGCCAUAACGAUGCAAGACAUGACAAAGCAAAUUUUGGAUGAGCACGAACCUUGCUUUGGUCCAAAUCAUGAACCCUUGGACUUCAUCACCGCUUACAAGGAGGAAGCCAAACGAACUGGCGAUCCGGAGUUCAAUGAUCGGGAUCUUCAAACCACCAUCUCGGACAUCUUCGUAGCCUCCUCAGACACCACAGCUCACACCCUGUCAUGGGGGCUUUUGUACAUGAUUUUGCAUCCUGACAUCCAAAAGAAAGUGCAACAUGAGAUCGAUGACGCACUUUUGGGUCGAGAACCAACCUUGGAAGAUAGGGCCCGACUCGUUUACACUGAUGCAACCCUGGCUGAAAUCCAAAGGCGAGCCAACAUUGUUCCAGGUGCUUUACCGCACAGGGUCUCAAAAGAAAUGAAACUUGGAGGUUACACGAUCCCCAAAGAUUCCAUGGUGAUCAGUUCCUUGUAUUAUGUUAUGCACGAUCCAGAUUAUUGGAAGAAUGCCGACCAAUUCGAUCCAACGCGGUUCAUCGAGAACGGGAAGUUCCGAAAAGAUGAACGCUUUGUUCCGUUUGGCAUCGGAAAACGAAUUUGCUUGGGCGAUACCUUGGCCAGAAAUGAAUUGUUCGUUGUGUUUAUUCGAUUGAUGCAACGAUUUAAUUUCGAGGCCUCACCCGACCAUCCUUAUCCCAAAGAGGAAUACUUGCCCAGUACAGUUAUGGGACCCAAGCCCUUCCAUCUACGAGCGAUUCCUAGAUCGUAACCUAAUCGCAUGGAAGGGAUCCAGCAAUCUCAUUUUACUUUCUAUUGUAUUGGUCACAGUAAGAACAUGAUGCGUGAAUGUAUCGGUGGACGUUUUUUUUAAUAUCUUGAUGUAAAAGCGGCAUAGCAUGGAAUAAACUUGAUAUUGGUAUCUCAAUCAA